CACAGUUUUUUUUGUCGUCGUUCUUCCCGUUUAGCUUAUCGGUUUCGGUCAGCCGCUACACCUGCUCCCCGGUUCUCGUAUUUAUCCUCCCUCAAGCACACACGACAUGGAUGAUUUUGACAUGCUGAACGCGCCGGCCGCUGGAAACGGCGUCGGCUCCGACGAGGACCCUGCUGCCGCGUUCCUGGCCCAGCAGGAGAGCGAAAUCGCGGGGAUCGAAAACGACGAAGGCUUCAGCAUCCUGGACAGCGGAGAGGUGCCCUCGUCGCUGGGGGAGACUAAUGAUGGUGCCAUCAACGGAGAGCUUCAUGGGGAAAGCAACGGUCCCUCGGAUGCUUACGCAGCAAUUUCCAGCGCCGACCGGCUGCAGGCCGAACCUGAAAGCCUACGCAAGUGGAGGGAGGAGCAAGGCGACAGGCUGGAGUUGCUCGACGCCAACUCUCGCACUCAGGAGUCCGAGUGGAAAGAGAAGGCCAAGGUGGAGCUGGAGGAGUGGCACGCCAGACAGAACGAGCAGCUGGAGAAAACCAAAACCAAUAACAGGGUGCUGGAUGAAGACUUCUACAAGCAGCCCUUCUCUGAGCUCAUUGGUUAUGUCACACACAUUAACCAUCCUUGCUACCGCCUAGACCAGGCGGCUGAGGAAGCCAUGAUUUCAGACCUGGACGAGACCAACCCCGGCACUGAGUGGGAGCGGGUGGCUCGGCUCUGCGACUUCAACCCCAAGUCCAGCAAGCAGGCCAAAGAUGUGUCCCGCAUGCGCUCCGUCCUCAUCUCCCUGAAGCAGGCUCCGCUCGUCCGCUAGGCAGCCCAGGGCUGCUCAGGCCAUCAUUCCAUAUCAUCCUCUUAUCACCACACACCAACCAGCCCAACUACCGAUGUCCCACAUACUAUAAAGACAAGGGGGCUUGCACCUCAUCUGUUCAUAUCUGUUUGCCACACAGAGCCCUUUCCUCCCCCUCAGUGGAAAGAUAUAGUCAGUGGUCCCAUCCCCAUCCAUCUCCCCUGGGCAGGGCUGUUGAGAUUAACCUUGAAGGACCAGCUCACCAUUUUCUGCUCCCUGAAAAGUUUUUACCUGGGUGAACCUCUUCCACAGACUAGUCGAGACCUUGUAGUUCCUCUCCCUUGUUGUUUACAGAGAUCAAGACCAAUUAGAUCUUCUGUUAGGAAUAACACGAGCAGUUCUCCUGCUCUUGUGUAACACUUGAGUGAGGGCGGCGACUCUAAAAGGGAAGGGUUGGUUUGUUUGGGCCUACAGCUACACUACAGCCCGCUUCUCACGGCCACUCAACAAUAUCAUUCCCAUGAUGCUUUUCUCUUAUUCAAUCUUUUCGUUGACCUUUUGUGGGUUGAUUGAUGUUAUAUUGGUUUAUUCACCUUUUUACCCUCCAGCACAUCACCUCAUGUUUUCCCAUCCUUACAAAAAAGUAUCAUCAGGAUUAUCUCUGUUUUUUCAAGGACCAAACGAAGACUAAAAACUCCAGUGUGUGUGUGUGUGUGUGUAGAGCCUGCGUGUGGCAUGUGUAAAAUUUUCCAAUCUAUGCAUUUCCUUUAAAGAAAAAAAGAAGAAAAAAGCCCCCCCCCCCUCCUGUCAGGAACUGAACAAAGUCCUGUCUGACCUGUUUGUAUGUGUUUAGACCUCAACAGUGUGUGUAUGUACUCUGUGUGUACCUAUACAUAUAUAUACCUGUACCUGUACAUAUACAGAAGGCAAUAUAUAUACAGAAUCCGAAACAUUUAUGCCAUUGAAAUUAGACAGAUGUGGUUUUAAAGAGAACUAAACAUCAGCCAGCUGUUGCUUGACCAUGUGUUUCCAUUGUCCUUAUGAUUUCAAUAUCAGUAAAAACUGAAUGGAA